CUCCGUACGCGCGCCGGCUUUCCUCGUCCCCGCUCCUCACGGCCACUCACUACGCACGGGGCUCCGCGUAGUGCCGCCGCCAGUCGCGCUGCGACCUGCGCCGACAUCGCACCGUGUUUAUGUCUGGCCUUCGUUAUAUUCAUCCGUGAUAUCAUUCAUGCUAAUCUCCGGCCGUUGAUUUUCCUGCCGACUGAGUGACCGCGGUGUGUCGACGCACGAUACCACGAGUGCCGAAUGUUCGUGGAUGUUACGUCCGUGUACUUUUCCAUUGGAUUCCGAGCGAAUCAAACCAGUUCGGAGUGGCAGAGGGCGCCUUUCCUCGGAUGAGAUCUCCGAGCAGUGAUCGAAUCUGUUACCCGCGGCCUGCGAUGCUGCGUCCGUGACCGUCUUGCAACAGUGCUACGAAACCACAUCCGAUGAUCUCAGCCAGUCUUCCCGGCGAGGCGCUGCCCCAACUGGGGCAGCUUGGGCUCAGUCACCUGUACCCCCCGCAGCCGCCCGCCGGCAUGGCGCCCGAGUUCCUCGCGCCACCGCCGCGGCCCUACGCCCGCUACGCCCCGCGGAGACCCCGUGACGCCAUGCCUGCUCCCCCGGCGCCUCCUCCGUUCGCGGCCGUCCCUGGAGCCUACGCGUCGUUCCUGUCGCACCAGGCCCCGUACGCGUCCUACUUGUACCCGAGGACACGAGCGCCGCCGCAGCCGCCGCCGACGUCCAUCAACUACCCGCUGCGGCCGCGCCCCACGUCGGGGUUCGUGCCGCCUGCGCCGGCGCCGCGCUCUCCGCCGGUGUCUGUGCCCGCGCCGAUACCUCAACCACAAGAGGCGUCACCAAUAUCACCUGAGCGAGGGGCUCCUGCGCCGUACUUCUGCAGAGGAGCGCUGAUCCGCCUAGAAGACGGCUCGUUGCGGCGUGUCGAGGACAUGCGCUUAGAAGACUUCGUCUCCAGCGCGGAGAGGAACGGCGACCUGGCACUGACCCAGUGCACGGUCCUGAGGAUCGACGAUCGAGGCGAAAAACUUGCACUAACGCUGACGUACGAUAGGAAUAGAUCACAGGUGGAACUUGAAUCGACAGUAGAACACCCGUUCUUCGUGUACGGACGUGGCUGGGCGUCGGGCAAGCCGGAGCGCACGCAGGCGCGGUAUGGCCUCCAAGUGGAGAGGCUGCAGGUCGGCGACGUCUGCGUGUCGCUGGUGCCGCGCAAGCACGUGCGCGCGCCGCCCGCCAGCGCGCAACACCUCGCCCCUGCGCCGCCGCAAACACAUCCAGAAAACCUCAGCGUCAAAGAAGACGCCCGCAAAAGACGGUGGUCGGCCUCCGACGUCUGCCAAGACGACCAUCCACCGCACAAAAAACGCUGAACCAUCCAUCCCGUCGUUUCUGGGAACUCUUGAAUGUGUUGUGAUUCGUUGCAAAGACUCUCUUCGGACAAUUUUUGUUUUUGUUCUUUGACACACGUUUGUGACCUGCCAACCGAUACUGCGUGUUACACACAUUAUUUCUUUUGGAACAGACCCAGUGAGUGAAGCGUGUGAGUGAUCACGCGAUUUUCACGGUUUCAGCAGUGAUCGGCAGUCCAAUCGUACGCUUAUGAUAUUCUAUUCGGGAACUCUAGGUGCUUUUUAAUGUCGGGUGCUUCUGUACGCGUUCGUGUACGAUGUUUGUAAAUAUGUAUGUAACUUAGUUCAAAGUUAAACUUUACACUCCAUGACUAAAUAAUGUGUCACAAAUGUAGUUAGAAUCGCGCUUACGUAGCUCUAGGAGCAAACGUAGUCGUUAUUAUCGACACUUGUUUAUAUAGUGGAAAACCUGUAAUGAACAUUCAUUCAAACAUGGAGUAAACUUCAAAUGAGCACAAAAUAACACUGUGUAAGUUUGUAACAGAUCUUAUAGUAGGUUAGAAAUUGUGAUAACCAUUGAGAUUUUAAUUGCCAGAUUCGUGGCGAUGCAUAUUAGACAAAAUGUUAAAGGUACAAUGAAUGUUAGAUGUAGAUAGUAGCUGUGGCCGACGUGUUAAGGUCCGAGCACACCAAAAGCAGAUCACAGAGAAUGCAGUUUGAAAGUAGGCCCGCACCAAGUAGUGAUAUAAAAAGCUCUUCGAACUAAUGGCAUCAAAUUGAAACGCGGGCCCGUACUCGAUUUGCUCUGCCGCCACGCCGCAGUGUGACGACUUUGAAGAGUUUCUUGUAUUACCACUUGAUGUGGGCCAGGUUUUAAACUGCGCUGCUUCUGCCCUGCUUUUCGUGUGUCGGACCUUUAAGUGUUGAACUGUUGACUGAUUCGGUUCGCGUCGUCCGGUCAGGGGUCUUACGAAGUUCGCUAAUCAAGCUGAGACAGCGAUACAUUGAGCAUUAGGAGUAUAUUUCAUAAGGCUAAAUUAAAUGAAUGUAACGUGUGGUAGUACGUCCCCACUUUUUGAGCAGUCCUGUCACGGCUCUCCGAUGGUUGUGACUGCAGACAUAUCCCCGUAUCGUCUCAAUAUUGGCAGUCGUCACGCGGACACCAUAUCCCCAUUAGAACUCCCAUAUGACACGUAGUUGUAACAAGUGAUACUUCGCUGAAUCACAGUGGCAAAUUCUUCUGACAAAUAACUUAAUCUUGUAAUAUAAAUGUUAUUCAUUGACAUAUAAAUAUGUAUUAUAAAAUUUAAAUUUGUAGACGUCAUCUCUAUUGGUUCUUAACGUCCAUGUGUGGUGGUGAUACACAUAAAUUGUUUAAGAGAAGAUGUAUACUAUACAUAAUAAACACACAGUCUGUGAUAUUUUGUAGUUAUUGGUCAGAGUAGGUUUGAGGUAUUGCUUGAAUAAAGGAAAUAUAUAUGUUUUAGACUAAGUACGUAUUGCUAAGAGAUGUUGUAUACUCAGAUAUAUUUCGCUGGAAGAAACCGAAACUUGAAACAAAUACAAACAUAGCGUCUGUGAUUAAUAUACAUAUAUCGUUAUUAACGUAACGAGAAUGCAUGGCCAUAUCAGAAAAUCAAAUUAAUUUUGUAUAUCAUAAGUAGCUAUGUAUAUUUUUUCUGCUUUUAGUAUUUCAUCAUAAAUUGUUUUACAAAAAUGUCAUACGGAGAUAUCAGUCUCAGAUUUUCAACGUUAACCUAAAAAUAUGUAUAAGAGUGAAAUAGAAGGAGGUAUUAUGUCGUCUCUAGAACACAUGCCGCCAUGACAGAAUCUGGACAGCAGUUCAUGAUUGAAAGUACAGUGAGCGUGUGUGUCUGAGAGCCGAUAUGCCGGAGGGUAAGCGAAUCACUCCAUCUUUGCUGUAGGUGGCGAAGGUCGCUCAAUGUGGAGCUAGGUCGCGCCGGCUCUCGUUGUACCACCUUCGAAACAUGUUAUUAAAGGAAAUUGCCAUAAUCCGCAGCAACUAGUUGUAGAGAACUUGCCAAAUAUCGGAGUACCCCGAUACAUACAGCAAUAAAACCAAGGGAAACUAGCCGAUGGGUCCACGAUUUAUUUCAUUGUACCAAUCAACGUAUUUUAAAACUGACAACCGAAACACGAAACCUUCAUGACGGUGGAUGGUGUUGUACAAAAGUUCAAUAAUUUGUUGUGUAAUGUAUAUGUAAUUAGUUUUAUCGUCUUAUUUGUAAUUUUAAUGAAAGAUCUCAUUUUAUUAAUCGGUAUUUUCUAACAAGGCGCUUUCAUUAGAUCAUGACUAAGCCUACCUCACAAACUUUAAGACUAGUGGCUCGCGCGCGGGCCGGUCGCAAUCAAGUCUAAUCAAGAUCUCAAUUUGAUGAAAAUGAACUUUUAAAAAGACUGGGACGCUUUACUGAAUGUUGUGGGAUAGUAGUUUCUUUGAAGAUAUUAUUAUGAGAUAGGGGCAUUUAUAUUGUAACGCUCGUUCCGUGACAUAUCCUGCGAGGCUCCUUUGACAAGCCGCUGGACGUCGUUUAGUACAAAAUUUGAUAAAACAAGUAUUAUUCCCAAAUUUAAAAUCAGAAAGUAUUAACUUGAUUUCAACAAAAGGUGCUAAAUUUUUUUGUAAAAAUCAAACUUAACUUUGUGGAGAGAAAUAGUUUUUUCUAGACAAUGCCUUUACAUGCCAAUGAAAUUGGUAUAAAUCAUCGUUCUUCCGCGUAUUCCGUAAAAUGCCAGUCAAUUACCUAAUUUAACUUUUAAUUUCAUUUGUCAACGUCCCACAUUAUAAGAAAUAUAAUAUUAAUAACAUGCAUAGUCUAAACAUCACGAUUUCCAUAGCUUUGAUGUUUUGUAAAAACUGGCAUUUUUUAAAUUUCCAUUUCUUUGGUUGUUGAUUAAAUUUUCCAUUCUAUACAAUGCAAUGUUAAGUGUCAGUCGAAUGUUUUUUUCAGUCAACUAAUUUUGUUAUGCAAAAUAGAUAAUUAAGAUAACGUCGUUUACAAAUUAUACUUAUAAAAAUGCAAGUUAUCUGUUUUUCAACUGAAUCAAAUCAGAUUUUCAUAAAAUGACGAUUUUAGCAGUGAUCAAUGAUUUGUGUGAAUGAUAUAUACUUAUAUAAGUGUUGUUAUAGAUUGUUCACUUUAAAUUUCAAUACUAAUUGCCAGAUAACAUGUUUAAUGAAUGAUGGUUUAUCAAAUCAAUCUUUUGCUUAACCCCUCAACAGUCCAACUAGAAAGUUUGCGUUAAAUAAAAAAAUAAAACUAAAAUAUGCAGAAUAUAACUGAAAUGUUCAUGGUUCUUUGUGGUGUGCAUUUUAUAAACAAUUGAUUAUUUUCAUCCCAAAGACAAUCCUUACACACAAUUUAAAAUAGUGUAACGCUUGAACUGUGGACGUGGGGAGGGACAAGAAGAUACACAUUAGGUCUUGAAGUUAUCUGGUAAUUGGCAUAAUUUAUGUAUUGCCAAUGUCACUUGGCCAGUAACGGUUUUUGUAGUCCAUAGGUAGAAUAAAUAAAAUGACCACAGCACAAAUAAAUUGUGCCAUUCACUUCAACAUACAUUUUCUUCGAUAAUAACAGUUUUUGCUAAGAUCUAUAUGUUAUCAGAAUAUCAAGUUAAGGAUCUUAUCAAGAACUUGUUCGUAAUAUUGGAAAUUAAAUUCAUUUUGAUAUAACCCCUAAUUGAGUGUAUAAGUAUAAAAUAUUCUCACAAAACAAAAAAAAAACCGUUUUUUAAAACGUAGAAUCAGUUUAUAAGUAGAUAGAUAACAGGAAAUAUUGUGUCAUUUAAUUCAUAGAUAAAUAUAAAAUUGUUAUAUAAUUAUUAUGACAAAUAUGGCAAAUAUAUAUGUAUAUUUUAUUGUAUAGCGGAAUGAGUACUAUUUCAGAUUAUAAUGUAAAUGGAAAAUGUUAUAGAUCAAGAUAUGUUAAAAUAAGUUAACUGUUUGUAAAAAGAAGAGAAAAUAUGUAUAAUGAAUAUUUGAUA